AUGCACCGGCUAAUUUCCAGACUUCGUACCCUCUUUCACAGGAAAGCGGAUCAAAAGGAGGCGAGAGGAGAGCAGCAGAGGCUCUUGGAAGAUAGUACUACAUUACAAAACAAACAGCAAGUUGUGGCAGGGUCCAGUAGUAACUAUGACUGGAUCCCUGAGCACAUCCACUUCAGUGCUGACAGCAUGACUGGUGACAACCCUCCGAAAGCUGAACAAAAACUUCCUGCAGCUGCGGAAGAACAAAACACUUGUGGAUUGAACGCAGCCACAGUGGAUGCUUUCUCUGAUGACCAUGGCGAAGAACCAUCAGAAUCUCACAUGAGAGUUUUGCUUGGCUGUAUUACCUCUCUAGUGGGUGACACUGACUACAAUGAUCAUGAAUUGUCCUUCUCUCUAGACAUUGCUUGCAAAGAUUUUCAACCUUAUAAUGGGGACCUGGUAGAAAUUGAGUUUUCUGAGGAGCAAGACACACAGAGCAGAAGAGCCACCUUGGUGAAGCCUCUGAAACAUUGUCAUGUGAAUGAGGUCCGUGUUACCAAAACAGAUGGAAGAACUGGGGUGUUGGAAGACACCAUAUUUUUCACCUUGGAUUCUCUUAAACUUCCUUCUGGAUAUGUGCCGCAACCAGAUGAUGUUGUCAAUGUGGUUGCAGUACAGAGUAUUCAACCCAACUAUUUCUGGAGAGCAGUUGCAAUGACCCCAGUAGUACUGUAG